AUGACCGUCCCGCCCCCGCCCGCCACCUCAAAGAACCAUGAUAAACAUGACGUCGUCAUAGCUGCUGACAGCACUGAACCCCACGGCCUGCCCGUCAAGUCUGGUGGUGACUCGCUCCACGUUGUCAGCAGCUUCAGCGGCGCUAUUCGUGUCCCUUCACCUGAUCCAUCAUUACUUUCCGUCGAUGACGGUGGUCGCUGGGGUCGCAAUGUAGCUUCCUUGCCGUUAUCGAGGUAUGCCUCCAGGCAUCAUGUUUCGCGCUCGCCGGCCCCUCCGCAGCGCCCAAGAACAUGGAAGGGGAAAGUAGAGGUGUUUUGGACGAAGAACAAGGGCCUAGCUAUGGUGCUGUUCUCACAGCUGUUUGGGACGCUGAUGAACGUCACCACGAGGAUGUUGGAGAUUGAGGGAAACGAUGGACAAGGUUUCCAUCCGUUCCAGGUGCUGUUUGCGCGAAUGAGCAUCACUGUAAUGUGCUCUACCUUUUACAUGUGGCGAACGAAGACUGAGCAUUUCCCGUUCGGCAUGAAGGAGGUAAGGCCACUUCUCAUUGCUCGAGGUUUGACGGGGUUCUUUGGGGUCUUUGGGAUGUAUUAUUCCCUCCUAUACCUCCCCCUCGCCGAUGCCACCGUAAUCACUUUCCUAGCCCCCUCUCUCGCCUGCUGGGCCUGCUCCUACCUCAUCAACGAGCCCUUCACCCGCAUGGAACAAAUCGCAGCCUACAUCUCCCUUUUCGGUGUAAUCCUCAUCGCACGCCCCCUCUCCUUCUUCUCCUUCGUCUCGGAAUCCAAAAAAGAUGCAGACUCUUUACCAACCAUCCCUACAAACGCAACCGUCGCUCCACUCCCGCAUCUCGCAUCCGACUACGACGCCGUGACGCCCGCGCAGAGAGCAGCAGGCGUCGGCGUCGCCAUGCUGGGAGUUUUGGGCGCCGCGGGAGCGUAUACUACUAUCCGAUGGAUCGGUAAGAGAGCGCACCCGCUUCUUUCUGUGAACUAUUUUGCCGUGUGGUGCACGAUUGUUAGUCUGGUCAUGAUGUUUGCGCUUCCUGGUGUAGGCUUCCUGCUUCCGAGAUCCCUCAAAGACUGGACGUAUCUUGUGUUUUUGGGCAUCUGCGGGUUUGUCAUGCAAUUCCUCCUCGCGGCAGGCCUCCAGUACGAGAAGUCGUCCCGCGCAACGAAUAUGGUGUACUGCCAGAUGCUCUUCGCUCUCGCGUUUGACAAGCUCGUUUUCGGCACUACACCGAGUGCGCUCUCCAUCUUGGGGUCGUCGCUGAUCUUGGGAUCGGCAAUUUAUGUUGCGUUGCAUAAGAGCGACGCUGCUGGGAAGGAGAGCAUGAGUAGAGAAGUAGUGCCCGGGGGUCGUUUUGAGGAAGAAAUGGGGUUGAUCGAGACAAGUAGAGACGAUGGUAGGGAGACUGCUGGUGACGAUGAUGAUGAUGAUGAUGAGCAUCAUCAUCGUGAAAGUCGGAGCGCGGCACCGCCAUGA